AUCAUUUCGGACCGUUCGAUCAAUGCGUCUAGGAGAUCCGGAUGAUAGAUGCCAACAAUUACUAGCCUAAUGGCGAAACCAAAAGUGGUCCGGAAACAGUGGGAUUUACGGGGCAAAAUCAGUUCAACUUUGUGGGCAAAGAAGAUGAGAGGGACCAGGGAAUCAAAGAGGAGGCGGUGGGGCCCGCACGGCCCAACAAAGCUCGGCCCGAGCUCCACCACCGGAGAGUCGGGGUACAGCGACGCCGGGAAACAACCAGCAGAUGCCGUCGAUGAGCGUGAUGACCACUGCCUGAUCUUGAUCAUGGUGUGGAGGAAGCUGAUUAGGAACCCCAACACCUACUCAAGCCUCGUCGGCCUCGCAUGGUCCUUGAUUGCCUUCCGGUUAGUACAUACCGAAUUAUCCAAUGUCUACUCCUGGAUUAUAUUUUCGCGAUGAUUUUCUUGUCGUCCCAGGAUGAUUAAAAUCGCCAAUUCAUCACACUAAUCGGUAAUAAAUCACUAGACCUACAUAGAAAAUUCAUAAUACACAUUAACAUAGUCAUCGUAUGGAAGUACUAUGAUUUAUCUUUUAGCACGUCGGUGCUGUAGACGGAUACUGUUGUAUGAUUGAAGAGAGAUGGGACUUUCGAGUCAAUCUCCACACUGUCCGAUGCUGGGCUGGGAAUGGCCAUGUGCAGCUUAGGUGAGUCUUUCUUUCAUUUAUCUUCUUCUCUCUUAGAUAUCUCCAUCAACAUUCUUUGUUUGGUACUUUUUUCCUGGGCAUAUUCUCGGCCAUAUUGAUACAUAACUUCAGCAAAUUGAAUGAUGUCUUGGCCGUUCCGCAACCAGAUCAUUCACUGAACCAAACUCGUCUCCAUUUGAUUAGCCACGACAGAGAGAAUAGUUCACGAUCGAGAGAAACAAUGAUUGUUCCUCCUCUACUGUCUUGGCCCAUGUUUAGGUUGUGUGAAAGCAUGUGUGUGGGACAUUGACCUUUAAUGAAUCGCACUCUCUUCUUCCA